UGGGGCCCAGGGCUGGCUCCAGGUGGGGGGCCCAGUGGCAGGAACAGUGUCCUUGUGUGGCUCUACCAAGGAUGACAGCCAACAUACCCACCUGCACUGGCGUCUAGACCCCUCCCCUGCCUCCUGCCCUCUUUAUGUAAGCCUCACAGGUGAGCAGCUAGGACCUGAGCCAGAUGGGUCAAAGGUAUCUGGGGCCACACCUCACCCGCAGGCCCAAGGCAGGAUGGGGUGGGUCCCCACUGACGCCCAGCCCCACUGCAUCAUCACCUGGAACCAGGGGACCCGGCAGCACUGGCUCCGACACCCAUGAUGCUUUAGCUGAAGGAGCACAGGGGAUGUUGAGCUCUGUGCCUGCCAGCCCCAAGGAGGAAGGUGAGUGCCCUGCAGCAGCCAGACCCUCGCGGCAUGCAGUCCUCUCUAAGUCCUCGGUGGGGGUCUUCCGGUUGGGAGUCAGGAAUCACAAGAGAGAUUUCAGGGGCACUGGUCUUUAAGGUGAGACAGGCAGGUCAUGCAGACUAAAGAGCAGUGGGGGACGUGGGGUCCACCGUGCAGGGGAAUGGGGAAACCAGUGGGAAGCAGCACUGCAGACUAGGUCACUGUUGAGAGCUCCAGCCUGUGCAGAGGGACCAGCCUGUGUGGCCAGGACCAUGGGAUUUGGAGGAGGCACUGCUCCUCUCCCUACUUGGGGUUUUUAGGAUUUGGGAAGUAUUUGGGUAACGCCCUCCACUGAAAACAUCCUGUGGCGUAUAGGAGUAGAGUUCUCCCUUUGCCCCCAGAGCAGAGAGAGGUGAGAGCCAGAACAAGAAACGGGGGUGUGGGGCCGGACGGCUGCCAAUAGUGGGCAAGAGUCUUUGCAAAGCAGGAGGCCCAAGAAUUUGAUGUAUUUGCUCAUCCUGGUGACAGAUUGGUCCUGGGGACUAGAGAGCCCGGAGCCCGAAGGCAGCCACCUCCUGCAAUGCUGCAUUGUUCCUGAUGCGAUUAGAGCAUGUGGGCUUAGGAGGCAGUAAAUUGCAGUCUGGUACCGAGGCCGGGAGCCAGUGAGUCGUGUCCAGGAAGGAGGGCAGGUGCCCCCUUAGCCCAGCCAGGCCGCGAGGUGACUCACGCUGUGUCUCUAUUGCAGGAUGGUUUUGUGGUGCUGGAACUCUCUGGGGCUGAUGCGGCUUUCCCAGGGAAUGCUGGGACAAGCUCUCUGAGGUUCUCACUCUCUCCCCGGUGAGCUCGCAGGGUGUGGCCACCCCUCAGUGACCAUGCCAGAGGCACUCCUGCUCAGGUCUGCCAGCUCCACCCUGAGGACCAUGUUCUUAAACAGACUGGCACCAGGUGGGCCUGAAUGUGUUUGCAAACUUAAUUUAAACCUGCUGUACCAGCAAGGAGUAAGGACGAACGUGAGAAGCAGCUCCCUGACUGACGGGCACACACUCUCCAAAGAGCCCCUAAGCCAUGCUCUCAAGCUCUCGUCCCCAGCGAAGGUGAAAGAUGCCCAGUUGAAUUCUCCAGAGGAGGCGCUGUGGACAACUCGGGCCGAUGGGCGCGUCCACCUGCGCAUAGACCCCAGCUGCCCACAGACUCCCUACACUGUGCAUCGGAUGUUCUGCGAGGCUCUGGACAAGUACGGGGACCUCAGCGCUCUGGGCUUCAAGCGACAGGGCAUGUGGGAGCACAUCUCCUACAACCAAUACUACCUGCUGGCCCGCAAAGCCGCCAAGGGCUUCCUAAAGCUCGGCCUGGAGCGGGCCCACAGCGUGGCCAUCCUCGGCUUCAACUCCCCGGAGUGGUUCUUCUCGGCAGUGGGCACAGUAUUCGCAGGUGGCAUCGUCACUGGCAUCUACACAACCAGCUCCCCUGAAGCCUGCCGGUAUAUCGCCCAUGACUGCCGUGCCAACAUCAUCGUGGUCGACACGCAGAAGCAGCUGGAAAAGAUCCUGAAGAUCUGGAAAAACCUGCCACACCUGAAGGCAGUAGUGAUAUUUCAAGAAUCUCCUCCGACAAAGAUGGCCAAUGUGUACACGAUGGAGGAGUUCAUGGAUCUGGGGAAUGAGGUGACUGAGGAGGCCCUGGACACCGUCAUCAAUGCCCAGCAGCCUAACCAGUGCUGCGUGUUGGUCUACACGUCAGGCACCACUGGGAACCCCAAGGGCGUGAUGCUGAGUCAAGACAAUAUCACAUGGACAGCACACUACGGCAGCCAGGCCGGUGACAUCCAACCCGCAGAAGUCCAACAGGAGGUGGUGGUCAGCUACCUGCCCCUCAGCCACAUUGCUGCCCAGAUCUAUGACCUGUGGACAGGCAUCCAGUGGGGGGCCCAGGUCUGCUUUGCUGAGACUGAUGCCCUGAAGGGGAGCCUGGUGAACACGCUGAGGGAAGUGGAGCCCACGUCCCACAUGGGGGUGCCGCGGGUGUGGGAGAAGAUCAUGGAGCGGAUCCAGGAGGUGGCGGCUCAGUCUGGCUUCAUCCGGCGCAAGAUGCUGCUGUGGGCCAUGUCGGUGACCUUGGAGCAGAACCUCACCUGCCCGAGCAGCGAUCUGAAGCCCUUCACAACCCGACUGGCAGAUUACCUGGUGCUAGCCAAAGUCCGCCAGGCACUGGGCUUUGCCAAGUGUCAGAAAAACUUCUAUGGAGGAGCCCCCAUGACCGCGGAGACACAGCACUUCUUCCUGGGCCUCAACAUCCGCUUGUAUGCAGGCUAUGGUCUCAGCGAGACCUCGGGCCCUCACUUCAUGUCCAGCCCCUACAACUACCGGCUCUACAGCUCUGGCAAGGUGGUGCCGGGCUGCCGGGUGAAGCUGGUGAAUGAGGAUGCAGAGGGCAUCGGAGAGAUCUGCCUGUGGGGCCGCACGAUAUUCAUGGGCUACCUGAACAUGGAGGACAAGACGUGUGAGGCCAUUGAUGCCGACGGCUGGCUGCACACGGGUGACUCAGGCCACCUGGACGCCGACGGCUUCCUCUACAUCACUGGGCGUCUCAAAGAAUUGAUCAUCACGGCUGGCGGGGAGAAUGUGCCCCCUGUGCCCAUUGAGGAGGCCGUGAAGACAGAGCUACCCAUCAUCAGCAAUGCCGUGCUGAUCGGGGACCAGAGGAAGUUCCUGUCCAUGCUGCUCACCUUGAAGUGCACUCUGGAUCCUGAUACCUCUGACCCAACUGAUAAUCUGACCGAGCAAGCUGUGGAGUUCUGCCAGAGGGUGGGCAGCAAAGCCGCCACGGUAUCGGAGGUCGUGGGGAAGAAGGAUGAGGCCGUGUAUCAGGCUAUUGAAGAGGGGAUCCAGAGAGUCAACAUGAAUGCAGCUGCCCGACCCUACCACAUCCAGAAGUGGGCCGUUCUUGAGAGGGACUUCUCCAUUUCGGGUGGAGAGUUGGGUCCCACAAUGAAGCUGAAACGGCUCACAGUCCUAGAGAAGUACAAAGAUAUCAUCGAUUCCUUUUACCAAGAGCAAAAAAAGUAAUCAGGGGUCGUCCUUCCCGGGUUUCUCCUGAAGGUGGCAGGCUGAGUAUUUUCCUGACACCCCCCCCCCCCCCCCAGGUCCUCUUCAGUCUGGGCACAUGGACUUCUGGCAAGUCUGUUAGGUUCUCUGGGUCAGUUUCGGUCCUGGCAUCUACAUUUGCCAGGUCUUAUGCCGAGAGGCUUCAUGUGUGCAUAGUUUUAAAAGUAUUGCUUUUUGUUUGGGUGACCAGUGAGAUCAACUGUCUUUCCAGAACUAAAGGGCUGACUUUUUGGCCUUCUCUCCAGGUAGAUUUAACAGGCUGCUAGCUCACUUACCAGGAGGCUGGGUGUUGGGGGAGGGAGGAGGGGGAGGAUGGCUCAGCUAACCAGUGUGCCGCAGGGAAAGCGCUCAGUUGCAACUCACCUAACACCUGACUUACUCUGGAAUCUUGUUGGACAUUGCCGACCCCAUCAUCCCAUUACCCGGCACUCCACCAUACACACACCCACUGACUUUGAUGCUUAAUAAAACUGCUGCUGCCUA